GGCUAGCAGCUACCAGUUGCUCCUGCUCCCAAGGGCAGAGGGGGCCGGCCGGUCGGGCAGGCCGGUGGCUCGACCCCCCUACACCAUGUGGCUUCCCCGUCGCUGCUCUGCCCAUAGCGGAGAUUCUGAUUGCCAAGCGUGGAUCAACGGGAGGCGCCUAGACCGACCUCAAGCGCCGGUGCGUGCGCCUCGCCGAGGAGGAUGCCCUGCCGCCCGCCGGAGCCUCGCCAUGAACACCGCGAUGCCUGUGAGUUUCCAAGAUCCCGGCAUACGAACGAUUUUAAUCUCUGUCCGUCACUACUUGGUUUGCCCCUUUGUGGCAUGGGCUGAUGGAUUCGAAGCGUAUACUAGUAUUUCCCUGGUUCAUCCAGUGGAGAUUGCACAGCACGGUCUCGUCAGUUAAUUAACAAAAGCUCGCAGAAAUCAGACAAGACAAAUGCUGGAGUAACCAUUGCUUGCUUCAAAUUUGAUAUGUCUUCAUGGUUGAUAAGAUCUGUCGGGGCGAAUAGCCUAUUUGGAGAGAUAAGAUCUGUCAGUUACAACCACCCACCGUCACUAAAAUGGAACGAAGGAGUAGGCACAUGUUUCCUAAUCGCCCCUGAUUCCUUCCAGAUUUAGUAUUGAGAAGCUACCAAAUGAUUCGUUAAUCUGUAACAUGGGUUGAUGGAUUGGAAGCACAACCUAUAGCGUGUUGUUGGUUUAUACAAUGGAGAUUGCACACUUGCACAUCCUCAACAAUAACCAAGGCUUGUAACAAUUAUAUAUGACGAUGUCGCGUCUUUUUCAUAGGAAACUUCCUGUUUCUUUACUUGGGCACCUUACCGAAACUAGCUAGAGCUAGUAAUUAUUUGUCUGGGAGUCGAGUAUCCAGACUCCUCUUUAGUCCUAAUUUUUGGACUGUGGGGACUGUUUGGGAGGUGCCUAGGCCGACUGCGAGCACAUAAUGAGGGGCCGCCGACUCCGACAUGGUAGAUAUGCUGCUCUAUGACUUCUUCGAGCUUUCGGUAUUCGAAUUUGAACAUAUUUUGAACCUCUGAAUUCUGCGGUUAUUGUAGUUCGAACCCUGGCGGUGCUAACAUGCUCUGGGACUAUAGUAUUUCGUGCGUUUGAUCGAUUGACAUAUACUAGUAGUCUACAUGGUUUCAACAUUAACAAACUCUCAUGAGAGUUAUAACGCGAUGAUGCAGUAUUCCUCAAUCCUUCUUAUCAUCACCGACAUGUUAUUUGAUCAGCAGCAUGAUGGAACUCGCAAGUAGGCACAUGUUUGAGACUGUAUUUAUCCACCUAAUCCCCCUUAUUCAUUCCAAAUUUAGUACUAGCAGGCUACCAAAUGAUGAGCUGGUCUGACAGCUAGUUGGCACUCCUUGUUUGCUAGCUCCUGCAGCAUGAAAAUCAGAAUCGUAUGUUGUUGAGUCAACACUCAACAGUGUACUAGUACUUGAUCAGUUGCUCUGCUCUGUACUUAUACUCCAGCUAGCAGUGUCACUUGUACUCUGGUCUGCAGUGGAAGUGAUCAACUCGCUCGACGUUGGAAGUUGUCGCGACAAUGGCUGGAGGGCCGAUGGACGUCUGGAAUGAGUGGGCGACGCAGAUCCUGGUACUCUUGAGCCUCGCCCUCCAGAUUGUCCUCCAUGUUUCCGCCAAGGUUCGUCAGCGUGAAGCAAGCUCAGUUCUGUUGAGGCUCCUCCUCUGGCUGGCAUACCAGCUGGCUGACUCGACCGCGACAUACGCCGUCGGCCAGCUCUUCUUCAGCAGUGCACCGCGCAACCACCACCUCGUGGCCUUCUGGGCGCCGUUUCUCCUGCUGCACCUCGGCGGCCCGGACAACAUCACAGCCUACGCUCUCGAGGACAGUAAGCUCUGGAAGCGCCACUUUCUUAGCCUUGUGGUGCAGGUCCUGGGAGCUGGAUAUGUCAUGUACAAGCAUAUCGUCGGCAGCGGUAUCUUGCUCAUGCUAGCUGCCAUAUUGAUGGCAGUCAUCGGUGUUGCAAAGUAUGGGGAGAGGACAUGGGCGCUGUGGUGCGCCAGCUUCAGCACUCUCCAAAGCUCUCUCAAGGUGAUGGCGCGUGAGACACAUCACCAACAUUUUCAUGCCGAGCAUCAAGACCAGUACACCGACUUUGAUGAUGUUGAUGCCGAGCUCCUUCUGCAGUAUGCUCACUCCCUGUUUCAUAUCUGCAAGCGUGGGAUAGUUGAUUCUGUGAUCGAUGGAGAUUCAGACAACCCGAGCGAGGUAGAUUCUGCGACCAACAAAAUAAUCUGGAACCUUAUGGAUAACCGUGCACGCAUGUGGACGGUGAUGGAGAUGGAGCUGUCCCUUAUGUAUGAUAUCCUGUACACCAAGGCAAGUGUGAUCCACUCUUGGUUUGGCUACUGCAUUCGUGUCAUCUCGCCUCUUGCCAUCGUCGCCUCUCUUGUGCUGUUUCAGCUGAACAGAAAAGAUGGUUACAGCCAAGUCGACGUUGCCAUCACCUACACCUUAUUGGGUGGCGCCUUAGUCUUGGAGACGAGAUCGCUCCUAGCUGCACUAGGGUCGAGCUGGGCGCUUGCAUUCUUGUGUGGCACACGAUGGAAUUGGCUUCAGCAUGCAGCUCUGUGCACUGGAAGGUGGCAUCGUCUUCGCCGCGCACUUGUUUCUCUCCGCCGGUCCCCACCUGGCAAGAUGAUCAUGCCUGGAAGCUCGAGAAGGUGGCCUGGCACCAUAGGGCAGCACAACAUGCUGCGGUUUCGCACUGGACAGGUGGAUCCCACGAGUCGCUGGCUAGGAGAUAUUUCCAAGAUGCUAGGACUUCGCGAGUGGUGGGACAGGAGGUGCUACUCGUGGACCAUCAUAAUCCCGGAGAAGGUCAAAGAGCGUGCGCAGGCGGUGCAGAGGUGGGUUUUACCGGGUGAUAUAAACACAAUGGGCUUGCUCAGGCAUAAGUGGGGUGAAUCAGCACUUCAUGAAAAGAGGUACCCUGGGCUCUACGAGCGGUUGAAGACAUAUCUUGGGGUUGACUUCCAUGAGAGCAUCAUCAUCUGGCACAUUGCCACCGACUUGAUCCUCGCUGAGAGGAAGCAAAGGGGGCAUGAUUCAGCUGACCACCGCGUGGAGGUUAUCAGGACACUUUCCAACUACAUGAUGUUCCUCCUGGUGGACCGCCCGUACAUGCUACCAGGCCUUCCUCAAAACUGGCUGUACAAGCAAACCUGCAAAAAUCUGGACAGGAUAUGCAAAGAACACCUCAUCCACCCUCGCGGCAACAGUUUCUGCACCAUGCUGGAGAAGUUGUUCCGACCACACCAUCACUCUGGCUUGGAAUCUUCUGAGCUUGAGGAGAAGCUCGCAGAGAUCAUACUGAAGGAGCCGCAGGAGAAGAAAGCCUCCGACUCAGAAAAUCCUCGACUCAUGUAUGCGCGCAGAAUUGCUGCUGAACUGCUUGUUUAUGAGAACAAUGAGCUGCGCGUGCUGCUAGAUUUGUGGACCGACUUCCUAGCCUACGCAGCCAACCGGUGCAGCAGAGAGUCACAUGCCAGGAAGCUUAGCAGCGGUGGUGAGUUCACGACCGUCCUGUGGCUUUUGAUAGAGCACCUCUGCCAAGUAAAAGCAGUUGCAAAACAGCGGCAGAGCCGUGUAUAAUUCAUUUUAGUAGCUCAUGUCACCCACCGAUAAUGUAUAUUUUUUCUUUGGCACCUCCCACUCUGGUCCCCGUUUUCAUUGACAAUUAUCCCACAUAAGCUCUGUACCUUGGUGAGAUGACACACUGGGAAUGCUCGAAUCUGCGAAGGAAACUCUCAGCAGUCCUAGUGGU